AGUGAGAAACAGAGAAGAGAAAAGGAAAAAGUGGGUUUUGUGUGCUCGUGUGGGCUGUGUUUGAAAGGGAAGGAAGAAGGCUUUGUAAAGCUUGAAUCAAGUGAAGGAAAAUCAGAAUUUUUUGGUGCCCAGAUAAGUUUAUUCACUGCUGUAUUUUCUGCUCUGUUUUGUGGCUGAAAACUGCAUGUUUGUAGCUUGAUAGAGUGCUGAAAAUCUGAUCUGUUACUGCUGUGUUUCUGCUGCGUUUCUGCUCAGUUUGUGACUGUUUUUUUGGUGAUAUUUGUGUGUGCAUUUGGGCCCUUGUUCCCCCCAACAGAAUGUCGUUUAGUGUUUUGUUUACCUUUCAUAUCUUCAAUGCUCAACAUUUAAUCAUUGAUAUCAUUGUGGCAAAGGAAAUGAGUGGAACAUUCAAGCUAACUGCAAGAAAUUUAUAUGGCGCAACGUGAUGGGCUUUACUUUCCGACAUUUUUUCCAUAGACGUAUAGGGAAUGCUUAGCUUAUUGAAAUUCACUUGAACGAGUGUCUUCCAUUACAUUUAGUCAAACUACAACUGUAAUCUUGCUCUCACAAAGCUUUCCCUACUACUGGAACUGGACUCUUAACCGACGGGCCCCUAGUAGUCACUGAGAUCAAUUGCAGUUCACAUAGCAUUAUCAUUAGUGUUGGUUACAACUUAUAUAGAUCUAUGCCUCUUUUUUGCUAGUUGCUCUCCUGAAGAUGAAAUUUGGGUGUGUUAUGUAGAGUGGCAUGGAGGAAAUAGGAUCCCAUAUUUUUCACCCCAUACAUUGUACACAUGCGACUCUCGUUUACAUGUCCUUUUGUCUCCUGCAUCUAUUAUGUCUUGUGAAGUAUCGUGACCUACCUCCUUUAAUGUUUCUCAUAGACUUCGUAAUAUGUUUCUUGUUUUAAAGCAUGUUAGAAAUCAUGUUCAAGCAAUAUUUCUUUUCAUACUUUUAAUGCUUGGAUCAGAGCUCCAUGUUACUUUUUAUAUGCCAUUGUAAUGGAACUUUCGUGAUGUUUGUAUACCAAGUGUGUGCCUCAUGAAGAAAUCAUCUAGAUAAAUCUUGGGAUGUGCCUCACAUUCACGAGAAUAAAUUAUCAUAAUUUUUUCAGUUGGAUGCUUUCAAGUUCAGCCUUUUCUUUGCUCGGGAUUGUUUUAGACAAGAAGUAGGUAUUACUGAUUUUGCGCAUCUUUGAUGUAUUUGAUGGUUGGUCUAUUCUUAUUUUUUGUCGUCUUAUAGAUAUGCAAAGAUGUCUACUAGAGGUGGAGGACGAGGAGGACGAGGAGGUCGUGGAAUGACAGGUCAUGGAAUCACUCCUCAUGGUGUGACUACAAGAUCAGUGCUUACUCCUGCUAUGCCAUUUACGCCAAAUAAUGGUGUGACUACAAGAUCAAUGAUUACUCCAACUGUGCAAUCUACGCCAAAUAAUGAUCCAGAGCAAAACUCAUCUGCCGCUCUGCACAUAUCUGAGUCUGAGCAACCAAAUGAAUCCUUGACACCCGAAGAUGCACCUGUAACUAAGCAAGUACGUGGGAGAACUAAAGGUUUAGCGCUAGCUAAAAUUCGAAGGCGUGGAGAGAAGGUUAAGUUGGGAUUUUCUAGAAUGCUGGGACAACCAACGAGUGACAACGAGGAUGACUUGACUAGGUACACCACAGAGUUAGGUAUUAUUGUUCGGCAAUUUGCUCCUUUACAGGCAAAAAGCUGGAAGGUGGUGCCCCAAGAUGCAAAGGAAAUGUGUAUUGCACACAUUCGUGAAAAAUUUGAUCUUCCUGAAGCAACUUAUGUAGACAAAGCUAUACUGCAAAGUAUGGGUAAGCGAUACUGUGAUUGCCGAUCCCGCCUCAAGAAGAAGUUUGAGAAAGGAGCUGUCGAUUGCCCUACACACAUAGACGGGGCAGAUUGGGGAUAUCUGUCUAACUUAUGGCAAGACAAAGACUAUCAAGAAAAAUGUGACAAGUACAAGGAUAGUCGAUCUAAGCCUAGGAAUCACCAUGUUGCUGGAUCAAAGGCUUUCUACAAGGUCAAAAAUCAUUUGAAAAAGAAAAACAAUGGCUUGAAUCCUGACCUUCCCGAGACUUGGAUGAAGACUCAUUACAGCGAAAAGAGAAAAUGUUGGACAGAUGGUUCAGAAACCAUAUAUAAAAAGUUAAAAGAUGUUCAGGAUCAAGCGAUGGCAAAUGGAUCUGUUCCUUUGACAGAUGAGGAGCUCUCAUGUACAGUCUUUGGAUCCAAACCAGGAUACAUACGUGGUUUAGGACAUGGUCCCAAGCCUAGCUUAACAAAAUCUGGCCAAACUUCUCGAGCACAACUUAUAAGAGAUGCUGAAGAGGCUAGAGAAGAAACAACAGCAGCGCAGAAGAGGUGUGAGGAGGCUCUAGUUGAAGCAGCAUUGGCUCGUAAAAAUACAGAGCAACUAGCAGAAACCGUGGCUAAUAUGCAAUCCCAAUUAAAUUUCUUGUUACAGCAAAAUGGUCACAACAUGUCUUCCAAUGAUGCUAAUUACUCAACAAACGAUGGUGAUCGUUUGGUGGAUGAAGAUGCAAUGGAGUACUAGAUGGGAAACCAAUUAUAUCUUUUGGUUGAUGCAAUAGAGUACUAGAUGGGAAACCAAUUAUAUCUUUUGGUCGAUGAAGAUGCAAUGGAGUACUAGAUGGAAACCAAUGAUGUUAUCUUUUGAUGGAUGAAGACGCAAUGAAGUGUUAGAUGGGAAACUAAUGAUGUUUGGAGGACAAAACCGCUUCUUGCCUUUUGUUUUUUGGGACUUCUAGAUGGAAGAAGGAUAUUGGAAGGAUGCAAUUAGUUUUUGGUAUAUAAUAGUACAUAAUAUAGUACUUCAUUGCAGUUUUUGUAAAGAUACUCGACACAUGAUAUUAUAUUUUGGGGAUUGAAGUACCAGGCUAUGACAUUUGUGAAAUUAUUUUAAUGUU